CCACACUCACUCUCUCAGUGACACAGCCUGCCUCUGUCUGAAAGGACAAGAACGUUUCAAUGGUCUGAUGACAAGACUGCCUGGUGGGGUCCCAGGAUUCACAGUAAAGUAGGUGUCUGGCAACAAAAGGUAUCGUGGGAGUCACAGCUAUGCCAGCUGAGCCAUUUCUCAGACGCUUGAUAUAAUCUGCCAUUUCAGGAUGCAUUUUUCACCAAAAAAAAUUUUUAAGCAGAUUCAAGUUCCUACUCCAAGUCUAGUUCAGUUCAAUUGGAGAGGGCAGCAACGACGCAGCUGAAUAUAAUCCAGGGGGUGACUUCACCUGGAACAGCAUGUCGGGCCGCAGCGUACGGCUGAGGUCAGUUCCCAUCCAGAGCCUCUCGGAGCUGGAGCGAGCCAGGUUGCAGGAAGUGGCGUUUUAUCAGUUGCAACAGGACUGUGACCUGAGCUGCCAGAUCACCAUUCCCAAAGAUGGACAAAAGAGGAAGAAAUCUUUGAGAAAGAAACUGGAUUCACUAGGGAAGGAGAAAAACAAAGACAGAGAAUUCAUCCCACAGGCAUUCGGAAUGCCCUUAUCCCAAGUCAUUGCAAAUGACCGGGCCUAUAAACUCAAGCAGGACUUACAGAGGGACGAGCAAAAAGAUGCAUCUGAUUUUGUUGCCUCCCUCCUCCCAUUUGGAAGUAAAAGACAAAACAAAGAACUGUCAAGCAGUAACUCAUCUCUCAGCUCCACUUCGGAAACACCAAAUGAGUCGACUUCGCCAAACACCCCGGAACCAGCUCCUCGGGCCAGGAGGAGGGGGGCAAUGUCAGUGGACUCCAUCACAGAUCUGGAUGACAAUCAGUCUCGACUCCUAGAAGCUUUACAACUCUCCUUGCCUGCAGAAGCUCAAAGCAAAAAAGAAAAAGCAAGAGAUAAGAAACUCAGUCUGAAUCCCAUUUACAGACAGGUUCCCAGGCUGGUGGACAGCUGCUGUCAACAUCUAGAAAAACAUGGCCUCCAGACCGUAGGGAUCUUUCGCGUCGGAAGCUCAAAGAAGAGAGUGAGACAAUUGCGUGAGGAAUUUGACCGCGGGGUUGAUGUCUCUCUGGAAGAAGAGCACAGUGUUCAUGAUGUGGCUGCUUUACUGAAGGAGUUCCUGAGGGACAUGCCAGACCCCCUUCUCACCAGGGAGCUGUACACCGCUUUCAUCAACACUCUCUUGUUGGAGCCAGAGGAACAACUGGGUGCCUUGCAGCUCCUCAUCUACCUUUUACCUCCCUGCAACUGCGACACCCUCCACCGCCUCCUCCAGUUCCUCUCCAUCGUGGCCAGGCAUGCCAAUGACAACGUCAGCAAAGAUGGGCAAGAGGUCACGGGAAACAAAAUGACAUCUCUGAACUUGGCCACCAUAUUUGGACCCAACCUGCUGCACAAGCAGAAGUCAUCAGACAAAGAAUUCUCUGUCCAGAGUUCGGCCCGGGCUGAGGAAAGCACGGCCAUCAUUGCUGUGGUGCAGAAGAUGAUUGAAAAUUAUGAAACCCUGUUCAUGGUGCCCCCAGAUCUGCAGAAUGAAGUGCUGGUCAGCCUGCUGCAGACUGACCCUGAUGUGGUGGACUACUUGCUCCGAAGAAAGGCCUCCCAAUCCUCAAGCCCUGAUGACAUGCUGAGGUCAGAAGUUUCCUUUUCGGUCGGAGGAAGACACUCAUCCACAGACUCCAACAAGGCUUCCAGCGGAGACCUCUCCCCUUAUGACAACAACUCCCCUGUGCUGUCCGAGCGCUCCCUGCUGGCUAUGCAAGAGAACACGGCGCCGGGGGGCUCGGAGAAGCUUUACAAAGGACCAGAGCAGUACAUGCUGGUGGGCCACCUGCCAUCGUUGAAGUCAAAGGAGAGUUCUCCUGGACCACAGCUUGGAAAAGAUAUGUCUGAGGAACCUUUCAAUAUCUGGGGAACUUGGCAUUCAACAUUGAAAAGUGGAUCCAAAGACCCCGGAAUGACAGGUUCCUAUGGAGACAUUUUUGAAAGCAGCUCCCUACGCCCGGGGCCAUGCUCCCUUUCCCAGGGGAACCUGUCCUCACACUGGCCCCGGUGGCAGGGCAGCCCCAUGGAACUGGACAGCGGCCCGCAGGCCAUGCGGAGGACUCAGACCACGGCCACCAUCCCGGAGUGCCCGGCCCACCCGCCCGUGUCCAGGGUCUGCAGCAGGUCCCACAUCCAGGGCGGCGGCAGGAGGUGGGAGCUGGCCACGCCCAGGUCUGAGCAGUAUUUGACUCUGAGCAGCGAGGAGGACCUGGAAAGCGACCUGCAGGUGGCCUGGCUUCAGUGCCGUGGCAGGCCUUUGCACCAGAGACCCCGGGAGAGCACCAGGCCCGACUGCAGGCCGCCGCCUCCUUAUCCCGGUCCAGGGAAGCAGGCUUCAGCGUCGGCAUCGGCCCACCAGCCGGCAGAGCCACCCUUGUGGAGGCGCCAGAGGCCAGAGGAAGCGUCAGGAUCACCCUUGGAAGAGGGAAGCCAAACAGCCCAGCGAGAGCCCCAGGCCGCCCAGCAGCAGCUGAGCAGCGCCUCCUCCAGUCCCGCGGGCGAUCAGAACAGUAGGGGCCUGGCGGAACCUAACUGGCUCGACUGGCAGAGAGAUCGGUGGCAGAUCUGGGAGCUCUUGUCCGCAGACAACCCCGAUGCCCUCCCGGAAACACUGGUAUGAACCCACACCCAGCGUCAGCACUCACGUCCCAACAGCCUUCUUUCACUCCGAACGGAAAAGAGUUGGUGUUGGUCAAUUGGACACUUCCUUCCUUUCCUUCUUUUACACUU